AUGCCAGCUCUAGAGGAAGUCCUAAGCCCGGCUCAAGGGGAAUCCGAGUCGAUCGCAAAGAGUUUCGGGAGGAGUAAGACCUUUGUGCCCUCGCACAGCCAUCCCAGUGCUGGCGAGCACUCCGUCAUGGGUCUACUGACGGCACCGAUCGACCAUGUUGCCGACGUUUUCAGGAAGUUCCCGGAAAACACCAUCUCACCCAGCACCUCAAGCAAGUAG